AUGUUUAAAGUUUCAUGUUUAUUUAUAGGUAGAUAUCGAACAUAUCUUGCACCGUCACUAUUGAUCAAGUUGAUCUUUGAUUCAUCUGAGAAAACUAUUCAUUUUAACUCAUCAUCAGUAACACUUAAAAAUUUUUCAGAUAAUCUAAACCUCUUUUCAAUAUUUGCAUCCCUCAAUAAUGGCUUCUUUAAUAAAUAA